GAGUAAAAGUCCCUCGCAAUUUCCGACUGUUGGAAGAACUCGAAGAAGGCCAGAAGGGAGUAGGAGAUGGCACAGUUAGCUGGGGUCUAGAAGAUGACGAAGACAUGACGCUUACGAGAUGGACAGGGAUGAUAAUUGGGCCUCCAAGAACAAUUUACGAAAACAGAAUAUACAGCCUUAAAAUAGAGUGUGGACCCAAAUACCCAGAAGCGCCCCCCUUUGUACGAUUCGUAACAAAAAUUAAUAUGAACGGAGUUAAUAGUUCUAACGGAGUGGUGGACCCGAGAGCCAUCUCCGUGUUAGCGAAGUGGCAGAACUCGUACAGCAUCCGAGUGGUGCUGCAGGAGCUGCGGCGCCUGCUGAUGGCCAAGGAGAACAUGAAGCUGCCUCAGCCGCCCGAGGGCCAGUGCUACAGCAACUGAGCGCCGGCCGGCCCGGCCGCGCCCUCCGCAGUAGGGAUCUGCUAGGUUCGUCCUGUAGGCCUCAGAGUACUGGAAAGGAAGCUCCCUGCAAAGGCGAUCUAUCUUAAGACACUGUCAGUGAUACUAAUUUUUUGUCCAUUUGAGAUAUGAGUUGUGCUAUGACAUCAUCCUGUCGAGUGUAACCACUGUCCACGUAGCUGAGCUUCGGGAUCAAGAACGCGUAUUUCAGUUGACGCCCAUCGUCGCGGUGGGACACGGCUACUCCACUGUGAAGACACAUCACACGGCACCUUGCUGCUGACGGCCUGGCCUGGGCCUCCGUUCCCCCCGCCCCGCGCCCCCUCCACGGCAGCCCUCCGGCGUGGGCUGGCUCCUGAGAGUGGAGGUGACGGUUUCGGGGGGACUACUGUUGGGUAUGGGGGUGCCUUGCACCCUGGUUUCUUUUUCUUUUUUCUUUUUUUUUUUUUUUUGAGUCUUAAAUGAUGUUCUUUCCAAGCCAUUGUCCCCUCCCGUCCCACUCCCGCCCUGGGCCGAAGCAUAGAUUGUAACACACACACACACACACCCCCGCUCCCCUCGGAAAUUGGCCUUCGGGGAGGAAUUCAGGGCUUUCCCGGGAUCUUUCUCCCCCACUCUUUGUUGAGGGGCGCUGCUCUCCCUUCCUCACGGCCCCGGGGCCCUGCCACCCCCACACUCCCCGUGCCCGUCCGCACGUUGGCCAGACGCCGUCAGGGAAGGCUGGAGGGCCUCUGACGUCCCUCGUCGAGCUGGGACCCAGCCCGGGAGAUGAAGGCCAGGCCGCAGCCCUGCCGCCGCUGCCCUGCCGCCCGCUGCCCUCGUCAGCCGCUCAGGCGGCCUCGCGGCUCAGGUUCUGACGGGGGACAAGAAGGGCGGCGGGUGCCCGCCCAGACCUGCCGGCUCCCCAAGUCCUUGGUGGUUAAGCCUGGGGAAAGGCCACUCGGGGCACGCAGCCCGCAGGAGCCCUCCGAAUCGCUCUCCCUGUCAUUGCUUUGGCUUUCCACUUGGAAGACGUUUGAAACAGGGUCCCGCUCGCUCAGCCCUGCAGCGCGUCAGGUCUAGUGUGGAAUCCGACAAAGAACCUUCGAUCCGGGCACUUGGUGCUGGCGCUGCCGCCCCCUCGGUCGUCCGCAGGGAGUGAGGGCUCGGCACGCGGCCGUGUCCCACUUGCAGUCGGGACCACUAGAUGCUGACCUGGGGACGCGCCGACGUGACGAAGUCGCCGUGUCCCAAGGUUUUUUUUUUAAUUAGUAUUUGUGUAAAAAAAUGACCUGUGAAGCAGCAGCUGGGAGUCUGAGACGCGGUUGUUCCCAUUCCGCUUUUCCGGGAACCUUAGCUCGAGGAGGCGACGCCGGGCGGGAAGUCUAACAGCAGUGUUCCAUCCGCAGCCUUUCCAUUGUCAGACCAUUGCCUGAUUUUAAUAUAAUAAAGUGUGCGUUAAUAUUUAA